GACUUUUAAAACUGGUGAAUUUAAACAUAUACAAAAGAAAAAUAAACUUACAGUUUAGACUACAACUACCAAAAGGAGAGGGAGAGAAUUUAAGCCUUCUAGCUAGCAGUGCCUCCAUGUAUGAAAAACAAUCUAACUUUUCACGCGGAACCGGAGAAGAGAAAAUUUCCUGAUGGCAGCCUCUAGAAGAAAGACAGGCCACACUGCCUCUCGCUUCAGGUUGCGACAGCAGGCAGCAAGUGACAGGAGAUUCUGUAUCGUAUGGAUCAACAGAAUGGUGAAUAAACAGGUGGAGAAGAAAAUCGCUGAAGUGCAGGAAGAGAUUCUUCUCAUGUAUCUCGAGCUGAGAGUGCACAUAGCAGCCAAGUUUAAGGAGCAUUUGGGAGAAGCAGUGGUGACUCAAAACAGAGAAACCCCCGGAUUUAAUAGGUUAUCUGAUACAGAAGAGAUGGAGACAAUGCAGCUUACAGAUGAAGGAGGAGGAGAAAAACCACAGAGCGGUAGUGACUAUCCAACACACUCAUCACCAGAACCAGAUCAAGGCUUCAGGAAGACUUUAGGCACAUUCAGUGAAUUCGAUUUGGUGGAUAUCAGAGACACAGACGUCAAGCAUUUUCCCGGCAAUGAUCACAGUGCGUCGCAAGAGGCCCGACGAGAGCCGAUUUCUCCGUCAGGUGACCCAGCUGUCUGUGACAGCUGCAAGCUGAUGAAGAAAUCAGUGGAGAAACAAUGCCCCCACGAUCCCUCCCAAAUGCUCACGGGCAGAGAGGAGGAAAGCGUCGAGGACAAAGCAAAAGCGGAGCAGGACGCACUGAUGAAGGCGCAGUGGAAGGAGUGGCUGGACAAGCAGGAAAUGAAAGGGAAGAAGAGGCACGAACAGAGGAACGUUCACCAAAGAGCGAUGAGAUCGAGCUCAUCAGACAAACAAACGACGAAAACAAAAAAAUCUGGACAAAUAGGCACCAUGAAGAAAAUCAAAACAUAUAUCAGUGAAUUGUUUAAUUCUUCUGAAAAGAAAAAGUGGGACAUGCUUUACGAGGAGGACUGACCCUCAACUCCUCACGGAUUAGUUUGUUGUCUCAAUGUCGUGCUGCGCAUAAAGGCUCAAACUACAGUUACUCAAUAAACAAUGAACACAGUC